AGACUUAAGACGCCUUGUCAUGUGACGGGGGGGGAAAAUGUCAACAUCACUGAGCACUGCACGUUCAGACCCACAAUUUACAGUUAAAACUUUGUUUUUCUUCGAGUCCAAACCUUAUUUCGCUUCGGCAUUGUAAUUGUUGAGGUGAGCACUUGAUGUUCGCCGUCUUUUGUUUGGCUGUCACUGCAGAGGAUGGCUGUAUCUCCCUCUGGCCAGUCCUCGCUUGUACACAGCUUGGCCACUCUUCUCCGAAAUGAUGGUGACUUGGUGCUCGACGGCAGCAGCACGCUGACCUUGCCGGCUUGCAGUUUGCAGCAACUCACCAGGUUGUUCGAACAGUACCUGCUGUCCAGGAGCCAGCAGCAUGGCUUCCUGGCGCUGCCCUCCCACCCUGCUGACACUGCCUCCCUGCUACAGCUGCAGUUCCUGUUCGAUGUCCUGCAGAAGACCAUCUCCCUCAAGCUCAUCAACCCGCCAGAGGUGAGACUUCAGUCUGUGGUGAAAAUCUUCCCAUUCAAGUCACUGAAGUGUUUGGAGCUAAAGCGAAUCCCCCCACACUGUCUAGAAGGACUCAGGGGAGUUUACUCCCAGCUGGAGGUCUUCACCUGCUCAAAGAGCCUCAGUUCCCUGGAGGAGCUGCUUUCGCUGUGUGGAGGCGAUCUGAGCUCGGCACUGCCUUGGCUGGAACUGCACACCCUAAACUUCAGCUUCAACUCCAUUGUCUGCCUUGACCAGUCACUAAGUUUACUUAAUGUCCUGAAAUCUAUGGAUCUGAGCCAUAACAAGAUUCAGGAGUGUGCUGAAUUUCUAAAGCCCUUGAGUGAACUGGAACGUUUGAACCUGGGCUACAACUGCCUGCAGAGGGCGCCAACGCUUGGCCCAAGUGCCAGGGUCAAACUCCUCACACUCAUCCUCAGGAACAAUGAACUGGAGACUAUAAACGGCGUGGAGCAGUUGUCUUCGCUCCAGCACUUAGACCUGGCCUACAACCUCCUGUUGGAGCAUUCCCAGCUGGCUCCUCUCUCCAUGCUGCACUGCCUCCACACACUCAAUCUGGAAGGCAACCCACUGUUCUUCCAGAAGACCCACCGCACUUGCACCGUCCCACAUCUCUCUCCAAAGGCUGCCAAUCUCAGACUCAAACUCGAUGGUAUACCACUUUCCUCAUAUGAGUUAUCAGUGUUGCCUAAACAAGGGCAAUUGGUUGUCCAGGUCCACACCUUGCCUCCACCUGCUAUGCUACCGGAACGGUGUAACCAAGAAGUGUCAAGUGGUGCUGGAGAGCUUACUGACAGCAUGUCUGUUGAAGUUGGGGUGUCACACAUUCGCAGGAAGAAAUCCAGGAAUAAGGUCAAGGUGCGGAGGGCCAGCAUAUCCGAGCCCAGUGAUACAGACUACGAGCCCAGACAUCUUUCUUCCGCACAGAGUAUUGUUCUUCCCCACCAGCAGGAGAUUGAGCGAAUGUCCAGCUUCAGAGAGCAGCUGGGGGAGGACUGGCUGAGGUACCAGCACCAUCUAGAUGGAGCUUCUCCCUCUGUCAUUACCUCCACAAUCAGCCAAACCCAGCCGAUCCUUCAUCAAACUCUCACCAACGGGUUCAGCACCAUCACCCCGCGUCCGUCCACCAGCCCUGCCAAACAGCCGUCUCCACCAUCGAUGGAAGUCCCCGAGGUCCUCCCCCCUCCACUUCUCUCAUCUGAGCCGAGGACGGAGACUUCUUACAUGGACGCAGACCAGGAAACGGAUUCCACGCUGCAGUGGCCCGAAAAGAGCACUCUGUAUACGGAGUCCACUUUGGAGGACAGCGCGGUGGAUGGUCAGGAGGUGAACCAAGCAGUUGCGAGUUCUGAGCCAAGUCCAGAUUCCCAAAGGUCGGCUAGAGCAGAAAGCAGAGACACCAAGGAGGAAGAAGAGGAGGAGGAGGAGGACUUGGGAGUGGACCUGUGUCACCCCCUUCUUGUGGGUGUCCUAUCCGACAAAGAAGAGGAAGACGACGCUGGCAAGGGGAAGAAGAGGAGGAGGGAGGUUUUUCUGUGUAUAAAACAGGGCCUGGUGCUGGAGGUGGACAUGCAGCGUGGCAAGGAGAAAUGCCGCUUGGAGCUGGACAGCUUGGCUCGGGUGGAGACCACCAAGGCUGCGUGGACCCAUUUGGAUACAGAUGAGAUGCUUCCAGCUGUGGAGCUUCAUUUCGACUACAUCAACAGGGAGAAGAGGAGGAGACGCUACGUCCUGCUGGAUGAUGACCCACAGCAGGCACUACAGGCUCUGACUGACGUGCUGUGUCAUGUGGCGGAGGAAAACCAGCGGCGUUACUCCGAGCUCUGCCCAGGCCGCGUUCACCUGCAGUGCCUUCGCUGCAGGUUGGACUUUACACUACAGGGAGAGGGCAGUGAAGAGGAGGUGGGCGGAGGAGCGAGGCGGAGAGGGGCUGUGAUGAUACCAGAGGGCAGGGAAGAACGGGACAGGGAGGGGCCGACAGAUGCAGAGUUCUAUGAUGACAGCAAAGGAAAAAGUCAUAUUUGUCCAGAAUGUGGUAGCGAUCACGUGGUCCAGCUGGCUGACCAAUCGGACCACUACAGCAGUACGCCCAUCGAUCGCCCACCAAGGGCAAAGAGUGAGGACGAUCACCUCGAUAUAACUCAGAGCGCUCGCGGUGUCAAGAAGGAUGACGACACGAACGCCAGCCUCAGCAGUAGUCCCAUCCUGGAGACCAGCACCGCCACGGAGGAUCCCACCUUCGCCACUGCCCAGGGGAGCUCCUUCCUAAACGGGGAUGAAAACGACAGCCUCUCCUACAACACAGAGUGCCAGAGUAAAGAGGACUUGGCUGGGAGCUACCACUACACCUCAAUAGGUGCAACAACACCCGAGGUCCAAGCUCAACCUUCAGGAAGAUCCACCCCAAACGAUGAUGUGGACCUACUGUCCGAGGACUACGAAUCGGUGGACCAUCGGCUCAAGCUAUUCCUGGAUGUUGAGGUGUUUGAGGAGGAAGAGGAACUUCACUCUUUCCUCAAGAUGUCAGCUGUAAGAUUUGGGGAGCUGGGGGAGGUUCCCUCUCUGCUGGUGGUGUCAAACCAGCGAAUCUAUAUCCUGGAGAUGAAGCAAGAGAUGCACAGAGGCCAGCUAUCCGAUUGGCUGCAGAAGAGGGACAGCCACCCAAUCAUGGAACUCAGCUACCUGGAGGUGGGACUGGGCUCACAGAGCAUCCACAUGGAGUUUGGAGACGGGGUCGUGGCCUAUACCCUCCUCGUGAGGGACAGUUUGCGCUGCAAACGCUUCUUUGGCCUGUUGACAGGAAUCGUGCGUGAGAUGGCUCACAAGUCGGACAGCAAGCUGAAGUCCAUCUCCACGACGAGGCUCAACCCUCAGCACCACCUCUGGCCUCUCGUGUGUGAUGACAUCCAGGCAGACGUGGAGGACGGGCAGCUGCAGUUUUUCUACAUCCUGGCUUUUGUGCUACAAGAGGACGUUUGGAUGCCUCUGACGGUCCUGGCGACCCGAGAGACCCUUUACCUGCUCAGAGAGGAUCACCAGUGGACGAAGAGCUCGAGUGUCCAGACUGCGGUUGAAGACAAUGAACCGAGCAGCGGAAACGUCACCGUUUUGGAAACGCUGCCCAUCAGCUGCGUGAGCUCGGUCCACCUGUGGCCUUCGGACGAGCGCAGAAUGGAUUUGAAGCUUUACGACGAGACUGUGAAACAGGAGAAGACGUGGCGUGUGCGCUUGGAGAGCGCCGAGCUCCUCCAGGGUCUGCUGGCCUGGGUCAGAGCACAGUGGGAGGCCAUGUUCGGAGUCAAACUGCACACGGGCCUGCAAGACGAAGCGGCGCAAUGGGGGAUGGCGUAAAAAAAAAAGAGAAAGAAGUGAUGCUGUUUAGUGAGUGUGAGCUAGUUUGUCUUUGUCCUUUACCCCGACACAAUCUGCGCUUGGUCUGGUCUCAUCGUUGAAGAACUAGGAAAUGAAUGCCGCCAAAAUGGAGUGUGCCUUUUAUUUCUUUUUUUUUGAAGCUGCCACUGAAAUGCACCUUAACGCAUCUGGCAUUGUUCUUCGUUCACUGCGGCGUCAAGCUGGUGUGGGGGGGAAAUUUGGUGGGUGGGGGUGGAGGAACUGAGAGGAAGAAAUUGUUUUUAAGGAUUUACCAACCCCCCUUAGCCCAAACCAGUAAACCCCUGACCCUCGCAUUAAGCUUGGACAGAGUCUUUCCACGACAUUUUACGUUGCAGCUAGAGAUCACACGCUGCUUCUAAAAAAGCUGAGGCUCAAGUCCAUCAUGCAGGGACACUGCACACCCAACCCCAUCCCUAUUAGGGUCUCAUGAUGUGUCUCUGCACUGUGUUCUGUGAUAAGAUGAACACUUCUUUUUCUUUAAAACUCUGGGACAGAUGUGAUUUUUGUUUAAUUUUUCGACUGUGAUGGAGAAAAUAUUGCAUCUCAACUACAUAAUGUCUGUUUACGUUAGUUUCAAAAAUAAUAGCUUUAUCGCGUAUGUAGCCACUGUAUCAUCAUCAUUUACAGAAGCAGUGAAGGUCAACAUGAACUCAGCACUGUUUAGAUUUAGAUUAACCAGUAUAACUUAAUUUAUGUUUUGUUUUUUUCAUUGUGGGUUCAGUCAGAAAAGUGUCUUUUAUUUUUUUAUAAAUCUGAAAGAAAAAAAUAGUGUGUACAAUUCAGUAUAAAAGUUAUGUGUUCA